UACAAUGAAAUCAAAUAAAUGAAUGUAGAUAGAACAUUAUGGUUAAGUAAGUGAAAUAGCAUUUUUUCCAUUAUUGACAGAUCUUUAUGAGAUCACUCUUAUCAACUUGUGACAAAAUGAUAACAGCAAAGUUUUGUGUAAAUCGAAUAUUAUUGAAAUAAAGGAAACUGUGCUUUUUCAAGUGAAAUAAUUGAAUUUAACAAUGGAAAUUAAUAAAAAGUACACAGUAUUAGUAACCGGAUUUGGUCCAUUUGAUAAUCAUAUCGUUAACGCUAGCUGGGAAGCUGCAAAGGAAUUAAAUAAACUAUGCAUUAACUCGAAAGAGUUGAUGGAUGUUGAAGUAAUCGUAAAAGAGAUUCCAGUUUCGUAUGAAGAUGUAACUAAAUAUGUACCAAAGUUUUGGCAAGAGUAUAAACCUAUAGUGGUUCUACAUUUAGGAGUAAGUCGCCAAGCACGAUGUUUAACUAUAGAAUGUCGUGCUCAUAGUAAUGGUUACUUAAGAAAAGAUAUAUUUAACAAAUGUCCAGACGAAAGUAAUAUUGAAUCAGAAAUUUUUGAAACUAAAAUCAAUGCCAAACAAAUUUGUAACAUAAUUAAUGAAAGUUCAGACAAAACAAAAUGCAAUGCUUGUAUUUCAUACAAUGCAGGAAGAUAUUUAUGUGAAUACAUAUUUUAUAAAUCUCUACAGAUUGCACCUAAAAAAACACUAUUUGUUCAUGUUCCAGAUUUCAAUCAGUAUUCAAGUGUACAAAGUGCAAAAGGUUUAUAUGAAAUUUUAUAUUAUAUUAUCGAGGAUAUGAAAAAACAAUAGACAAUAAGCUUUGUAAUAUAAAAAUUAUAAUUGUAUGUGUGUAUCUCCAAAGUAUUUAAUAAAUCACUAUUUAAAAUA